GGGCUCAGACAUCGCGCGUCGGCCGUCUAGUGUACACACAUUCGCGACACGUAUUCCCGUUGCUUCUUUUUAACUCGGUUUUUAACCUUUGUUUUGUACUUUGCCAAAGUUCAUGAGCGUUUUCCCCGGUGUGCAUCGGUUGUUUCUGCAGUGCCGUGAAAGCAAAAUUAAUUUCGGGCGAUCCUAGUGGCUCGCUGGAAACCUUUUGUCAGAGGAGGUAUUCCGGUAUUGUGUUGGACGCGUAUACACAUUGAGCGCAGCAGCAGCGCAGCAUCAUGUCGCAACAGUCCGUCGUCACCGAGUACUUCGCCACGAGGAAGCGGCGGGCCAGCGAGGAUCUCCGAAAUAAGUCGAAGGUUCUAAUCCUCGACGGCAAUGAGACGCAACCGCAAAAGGUUUUGCCCGUCAUCAGGGAAGACGAGACGAAGCAAACGAACAUGGCUAGUCUGCAAAAUAAACUGGAAUCCAAGAGAGGAUCCGUCGUGAGAAAUUUGAAGUUCGAGGCCGACGAAAAGACAACGACAAAGUCCUCGACACCGCGUGCAAGAACGCCGAGAACGCGCCGCAGCUCGGUCACCGAAGACAAAAGUCAGACGGAUAUUCGCGAGGCACUUCUGAAGCAGACCCAAGAAUCAGACAAUAAGAAUGUCCUGUUCGCUAAACUCGGAAAUUUGAGCCCAAAGAAGACACGUUUGCGCACCACGCGAGCUUUGAAAAAAGCAUUGGAGGAGGAGGAGGAGGAGGAAGAAAAGGUGACGAAAAUAGAUGAACCUGUCAUAUGCAAGACCCCGACUAAAUCCAAACCAUUGGUACAGAUGAAUAUCGAUGAAAUCAAAACCAAACUCAACAAAAGUUCCAGAUUAUCGGAAUUACGCGAUAGGAUAAAUAAACUCAAAUCUAGUGAAGACAAAGUUAAGGAACUCGAGGAUAAAUUGAAAAACAAAAAAGUAGAAACUAAAAAGAAUAACUUGAAGCUCAAAGGAUUCAAUCAGCUCGAACUGGAAGUGCCAGUUAGUCCUCAAAAAGCUAUGAAAUCUCCACAGAAAUUCACAACUCCUACAAAGAACAAUUUAAUACUUUCUCCUAAAGCUAGCCCAGCUAAGCGACUAUUAUUCGAGCCCAAAGAGGAACCAGCAAGUCCUGUAAAAGCUAGUCCCACGAAAACUCCUGCUUACCACAGAUACCAAGGACUCAUCGAUGAUGGUAAAUCUGGUCUAAUCUUGCCUUUCCAUUAUAGGCUACUGAACGAAACAUUCUGCAGCUUGGAUACCGUCGUCGCGAUGUUAUACAAUAGGAAAGAAACUGCCACAUUUAGUAAAUUAAAACCAUCAGUUCAAGAAAUGACGCGCAAAGAUUUCAAUUUGGACCUUCUUGCACAGAUUAUAACUAUAUACCCGGAAUCAUACACUUUAAGACAAGAGAAAUUACGCAAGUUCGGCGGCUUGAGAGGAGAAGAGACCUAUGAGCUUGUCAUCACACCUGUUAUCGAAUCUAAUGAAAGAUCGGGUCGUAACACCCCGGACGAAGAACAUAUUCUUCAGUCUGAUCUAAACGCUCGCAUGAGCUCGAUUGUACUUUUGAAACGUAAGCGUAAAUUCUUGGCAGCUUUGUACGACAUAGCGAAAGAAUGUCAUGAAAAAUUCUUGCAAACACUCGGUACGCCUAUGAAGGUCGAUAAAAAUAAUUUAAGGCGAUGGCAUCCGGCAUUCGAUGUGGAAAGUUGCAGAGAAAUUCCCAAAGCUGAGCUGCCUCAAGCACCAAAGCCUCAAAAAAUAACUACAGCCAGAGAAAUAUUGGAAAAGACGAACAAAUUUAUAAAUGACAACGCUAGAAUGAAAAAAGCGAUCGAAGCUCUUGCCGAACAAAAAGCACGAGUUGCUGCUGGAACGCAGACUCCUACAACUAAAUCGACACUUGUUAAUGGUUCGGCAACGCCAAGUACUACGCCACAUCUCAACUCAUCGAUAAUCGACACACCUCCGGCAACUCCCCGAACUCCGGCAACAACGAACAGUGCUCUUCUCAAAGGCAUUCCAACGUCUUUACUGGAAAAAAUCAGGGCGAAACAAGCAGCCAAGGAUUUGGAGAGGAUGACCAGAACCUCGAACAUGGACAAAGAUGCGAUAGUGUAUGCGCGAUUGCCAGAAAUGGCGAAAAUUAUACGCAACAUAUUUGUUGCUGAAAAGAAAAAUGUCUUAACGAUGGAAGUGGUUGUGAAGAAACUUGACGAUUCGUAUCGAACGAAACUCACGCCUGCUGAAUUAGAGGAACACAUACGACUAAUUUGUAAAUUGGUUCCUCUUUGGACAGCUGUGCACCAUGUUCGGAAAGUAGAUUAUCUUAAGUUGGCUAAGGACUUUGACAUGGCCCAAGUUAUCAAAAGACUGGAAGUUCUUGCUGAUGAAAAAGCCUAAUGUUUUGUAUUGCCUAGUUUUUGUAUAAAGUUUGUGAUUUAAGUGAUCCUGACAAGAAAAAAAACGAAAAGAUUGGAAAAUGCAAUUGAUAUUCGUGCCAUUACAUAUAAUGAACUUAAUUUAAAUGGCAGCAGUUAAAACUAUAUAUAAUUAUUUUUGCAUAAAAAAUGCAUGUUAUAGAAAGAGAUUUUUUUCGCAUAUUAACUUAGAAUAUUAAUAUUUUCCGGUGCGAUAGUAUUAUAUUAUUUUUUUUGCAUGGAUCUUUAUAGUGUGUAUUUAAAGUUUCUCUAGUUUUAACGUAGAUUAGUAAUGUAUAUUUCUUUAUCGCGUACUUAGUCGUUAUCUGUACUCAACUUAGUUCAAAGUGAAUUUAAAGCGACAGUUGAAAACGUAUGUAGUGAAAUUUGAUAUCGAUUUACAGUCCAUUGUAAAAAUCGUUUGAUAGUAUUGUUAAAAUAAUACGUACCCAACGAGUGUUAUCUCUGUAAACGAUAAAAUAUAAACUAAUACUGAAAACAAA